CCUUAUUUACCAUUUUAGGUGGUUAGACCUCAAUUUCUCUCUCUUUAUACUAUUGGCCAAUACAAACUUAAGAAAUUUCUUAAGUUUUAGGUUUAAAGACGGAAUCCAACCCGGUUAUACAACUAACAAGGUUGUCUCUCGCAAUCUACUUUCUGGAACUGUCCCGACCCAUGACAAGACAGGUGAUUGAUCUGCUCGAUCUGCUUUUAUUUCCUUGAUUACAUUAAUUAAGUAGUGUUGUCUAAUAAUUGGUAUGUAUGUUAUCUUGUGGAGGGACAGAGCUGAUAGUUGCAACUUACAACCAUCAUUCAAGACCCCAAAUCAAGCUCGCCCAUUCCUCUGAAUUAAUUAAUCCCAUCAUAGUAUCAACCGGAUAAGCACCAAUCUCAUCCACCAUAAUAACCAAACCGUUGAUUUGGGCUAUGUUCAUCUUUGUAUGGUUAUUCAGUAGUGUUUUGGUUUAAGAUUGAUUAUGGGUGGCCUGGCCACUCACCACCAAUCAUGCAUGCAAUGCAAUCGAUAAAAGGGCUGAAAUGGGUAAAUUAAUAUGUAUCCCAUGGUUCUAGUUAUUACGCCUUUCAAUUUUCUCUGCGUUUAGUGACUUGAAUCCGAUCCGAUUGUGGAGGGAAAUAUGAAAGUAUGGAAGCAUCAUUACAUUGUCCUUUUAUCUUUCGGUUUGGUGCUGUGGUCAGUGGGUCGAUAUGUGGCAGGCAACUGUGCUUUACUUGCUGGAGACGACAGACGAGACACAAACCAUUUAACUAUUAAGAUAAAUAAAUAAAUAAUCAAUGGCGAAUGGUCAAUGAGAAUAGAACUCGAUCCACUCCUACUACUGAUCUAAUCGAGAUGAUGGGUCAGCACGCAGCAGGCGGUCAACUAAUUGGUGGUUUCUUGAAGUUGUACACAUGUACUCAUUAGUCAUUAUUAUUACUGACGAGACUGAGGCAGUGGGCCACUCAUGAUACUCGUCGUCGUGUGGCAGUGAUUAUCAACUCAAUGGCCAAAUAAGUUUGAAAACGGGUAAGGGGAUGGUGUAAAUUUGGGAGGGUGUAAAUUUUAGGGGUAAAUGUGAAAACUGAGAAUUUUCUUGUUUGGAUAAUUUUGAUAAGUAUUGGUAGUAUAACGCUGUGUUUGGCAACAAGGGGGGUGCAAAUUCGAGGAGGGUGCAAGUUGAGGAGUAAAUUGCAGGAGGGUGCAAAUUCGAGGAGGGUGCAAAUGGAGGGGUAAAUUGUUGUUUGGAUGAAAAAGUAGGGGGGUGCAAAUUGAUUUAUUAAAUUUAUUAAAUAUUAACAUAAAACACAAAAUAAAAAUCAUUAUCUAAUAAAUAAUAAUAUACUUUAAUAAAGAUAAUUAUUAAUUAAUAAUGGUAAAAUAAUAAUUAAUUAUUUUGUCAAGUAAAAUUAAAUGGUGUAAAAUCUUUAUUAAUACAAAAAUAUUAAUUAAUAUAAUUUAAAAAUUAAAACUAAUAUAAUAAUAAAUAUAAUUUACCAACUAUCUACUAUAUCUUAUCUCAUCCCUUCCCCGUUCUAAUUCCAACUUCCAAGUUUCUCUUUCUCCCUUUCUGCUUUUACUUUUCCAAUUGCCGCUUCAUCAUUCUAGUCGCCGCCGACAAGAAGCUUGGCGAGCUGAAAGCCGGUGCCGGAGGUGAUUCCUCCAUCGAUCCGCAGGCAAGAAGAUCGAAAACCUAAUCCCUUAUCUUGAUUCACUCUUUCUCGUUCAUCGAACAAAUCUGGCUUCUCUCUCUGUUGACAGCUGCUUGAGGGGUGGCCGGACGGCGAAUCUAUAGGAGAAUUAAUGGCGGCGAAUCUGGGAUGUUGAUGAGAGCACAAUCUCUCUCUAUCUCUCUCUCUCUCUCUCUCAUUUACCUGAAUUCAGAUUGACCACCAGAUUCCGGAUCGACAAACAACGUUGCCGUCGAGGAAUAUAGAAGAGAUGGUGGUUGCAGAUUCAACUUUGGCGAAGUCCAACUCUGGUGAUUUGAGGAAGAGAGUUGAAAGAAAAAAAUAAAAUAAAUGUGUUAAGAGCCUUCACGCUUCCUCUCUCCACUUCCGCCCGGAUUUGGGGGGUCAAUUAAAACAGUAAUUUUGCCCCUACAAUCCUCCGCCCCCUACUGUUCCAAAUUUGCCAAACGAGUGCAAAUGCAUCGGGGUUGGCAUUUACCCCUGGUCUCUUGCACCCCCCCUCACUUCCCCCUCUUCCCAAACAAAGCGUAAGUGUCAAAACAUAGUCCGAUCCGAUUAACCCGCCUGAUCAAUCCAACCCGCAAUCCGACCGCAACCCGAAUUAACUAAAAGUCAACAAUCCGUAACCCGCCCGACCCGCAACCCGAUUGACCCUUAACCCAACUAACCCGCAACCCGACUAACCCGCAACCCGAUUAACCCAAACCCGAUUGACCGGCAACCCGACUGACCCGCAACCCGAUUAACCUAAACCCGAUUGACCCGAACCCGACUAACCCGUAACCCGACCGACUCAACCCGAAUUUCAUCUAAUCCACUUGAAUAAUUAUAAAAAUAUACAAUACAUAGUUUUUCAAAAUAAAGUUUUUCCUUCUAAACUUAAGUAAAAUUAUUUUUUUCAUUUCGUAUAAGAAAUUUUAAAAAUAUGAAACUCACUUGAUAUUACAUAUUUUAAGAAAAUUACAAAAAUUGAAACAUGAAGGUCACUUGAGAUCAUGACAAUAUUAAUAUAAUAUAUAAAUUAAAUUUUGAUUAAUUUAACUAUUCAAUAAAAUUAUCAAUUAAAUAUAAAUAAAGUAAAGUAAUGUAUUUGGUAAUUUGAUGUUUUUAAAAGAAGAGGGAAAUUUUGGUGUAUUCAAGUUUUUGGGAAGAGAAAGAAGAGGGAAAUUUGGUUCUUUGAAUUUUUUCGAAAAGAAACAAGUGGGAAUUUUGGUGGUUUUGAUAUGUGGGAAGAGAAAGAAUUGGAAAAUUUUGAUUUUUUUUAUUAUGAAAGAGAAAUAAUGAGGGAAACUUUGACUUUUCAACUUUUUGUAGAAGCAAAGAAGAGGGUAAUUUGGUUCUUUCAAUUUUAUGGAAGAGAAAGAGGAGGGAAAAUUGAGUUUUUCUAAUGUAUGGAAGGAGAAAGAAGGAGGGAAAUUUUAGUAUUUUUGUGAAAAAAAAGAAGGAAACAAAUUUGGUGUUUUCAAUUUUUUGGUUUUUCAUAAUUUUAGCUUUUGAAAUAUGAAUCUUUAACUUUUAUAUGGAAGGCAUGACUAGUUAAAAUUAUUCUUAUAUGCUUUGAAGGCUAAUAUGUAUAUAUGUAUGUAAUUUUUUAUGUGCUAAUAAAUAAAUUAACCAUUAGUUACAAUAAUUUAUACUAAACUUGAUAAGUAAUCUUUGACGGUUUGUUGUUUAGGAUAUAAAGUAUAUGGUUAGGGUAUAAGGUAUAAGGUACAUAUGGUUUAGGGUGUAUAUGGUUAGGGUAUAAGAUAUUGAUGGUUUUGACGGUUUAAGUUUUUUAUUAACAUAUGUUCACUUGAAGUCAUUUGAAGUCUUUAACGGUAGGAGAUCCCUUUUUAAUUUAUGUUUAUGGUACGUGGUUAGGGUACAAGGUAUGUGGUGUAAAGUAUAGGAUAUAUGGUUAGGGUAUAACAAUUAGCAAAUAUCACUUUUUAUCUAUGUUUUGAAAAUCAAAGUAUGAAUUUCACUUUUAAUUAACUAUACUAGCAAAAUCACAACUCAAGGACAUAUGAUUAGAGUAUAGGUUAUGUGGUUAGUGUAUAAUGUAUUGAUGGUUUAGGGUAUACCAUCAACAACAUAUACUAACUUAAUAUUGUUGAUUGAGGGUAAAGCUAAAUGUAUAGGAUAUAUGCUAUUGAGUAAGUUAUGAUUGAAGUCAUAAUAAUUUUACUAAAUUUGAUAGCUAAUCUUUAAUGUUUCAAUUUUUAGGAUAAUUCGAACAAUUUUACAACAGUUUACUAAAGUUAUUUGGGCAAUGAGUUAUUUUGAAAUAACUCAUUUUAUCACUAUGCUUUUGGGCAAUGAGUUAUUUUGAAAUAACUCCUUUUAUCACUAUGCUUUUGCCAAAUACCACACGCCAAAUACCAGAUUUGCAUUGUUAUACCAAGCGAGAUACUUUAAUCCAAUUACUACUGAAUUAAUACUAAAAUAUCAAAUAAACAAUUAACGGUGUCUUCUGGUUGCAAAUAUUGAUAUCACUAUUACUAUUAGCUAUAAUACUUUACCAAUUAUGAUUAAUUACAUAACAAGUUUGCAAGUCAUACAACUUGAUUUAACAUUUUGAUUAGUUUUUUUCAAAAAAAUAAAGUAUCUAUAUACGAGGUAGAAAUAAAUUGGUUAAAAAGUUGAGAAAAUAUUUUAAAUUAGUGUAAUAAAAUGUGUAAGUUAGUAAUGAGUAAUGAUUUAAGUUACUUGAUGCGCUGGUCCGAACAACCCGAAACCCGACCCGCCCGCAACCCGCCCGACCCAAAACCCGAUGAACCCGCAACCCGAUUUGCCCGCAACCCGAUUGAAUCGCAACCCGACUAACCCGCAACCCGACUAACCCGCAACCCGUUUGAACCCGAACCCGAUGAACCCGAACCCGAUGAACCCGCAACCCGACUAACCAGCAACCCGUUUGAACACGAACCCGAUUGAACCCAGCCCGAACCCGCUCGAUUGACACCUAUAAUUGGUAGUAGGGAUGGCAAUGGGUCGGGUUGGGGCGGGUUUUGUCAAACCCAAACUCAUGGGUUUAUCCACCAAAAAAACUCGGGGUAAAACCCGCUGGGUUUGAAAAACUCAAACCCAACCCAACCCGCUGGGUAUCCGCGGGUUCAUGGGUACCCGUGGGUUUUUGUGGUAAAAAAUUUACAAUAACAAGUUUCUUUCAAAAUAAAAGUUUAACAUCAAUUUUCUCAUACAAAUUAUUCAUACAAAAAAAUACCAAUAUAGAGAAUACAAGCAAACCGCAAAUGAUCAAUACAAAUUGUUCAAAAUUAAAGAUAAACAUCUAUAAACAAUAAGAUUAAUUAAAAGCUUCUUCCUCAUCAACUAAGUUUCUUCACUAUCCACUUCUUAAUAUCAACUUCAUUCUAAAGAAUUAGAAAGAACAAAUUAUACAUGACUCUACAAACAUAAAUCAAAUUAGUUGUUUAAGAAAGAUAUAUUAUUUAGAAUAUUAAAUCUGCCGGGAAAGUAAUUAUAUGUGUGUGGAUGGGUACCCAUGGGGCGGGUUUACCUAAACCCAAACCCAACCCGACCCGGUGAAUAGUGUAGCGGGUUUAAACCCGAACCCGGUCCAAAACCCGUCAACACGGGUUUUACCCCGAAUUUUUUUUAACCCUUGACCCACUAGCUCAACCGAGUCCGGGUCAACCUGCGGGUUGACAACCUUGCUGCUAUACAAAGGGAUCCGACAGCCAACCUGUACGACCAUUUUCCAAUCACUUUUAUUUUUCUUCAUUUUGUAUAGUUGUGACUUCUAAUUCCCUGAUUUAUUAUUGGGUAUAUUUUAUAUUGUUAGUUCCUCUUCCUCUUCUAUUUGGUUUUCUUAGCUCCCACAAUUUUAUUUCUUUUGGGUGCAAGAAAAAAAACAUGGUCGAGAAAGAUGAAGAAGCAAGGGGAGAGCUGAUUUACGGAAGCAAAGACUAGAAGGGGCGUUGGUUUUGAUUAGAGGUGGAGCCAUGAAAGACAAAGGAAGGGGGUAAUGGCAUUCAUAUCAUUUGUUUUUUGUGAUUGAAAACACAGGUCCUUAAACAUACAAAUUAUUUCGUCCAAAUUUUUGAAUGUUUAAUUGAGGGAUUUUGGUUCAAUUUCUCAUAAAUCAUUCACACCUACGUGCCCCCUCUCCUAAGGACCCCUUAAGCGAAAAAAGGUGGUAGUCCAGUGGUAAAUCUCUAUUGGAAAAUGACUCAGUGAUUUCAAGUUUGAAUCCUCUGAUUAGCUAGCAUGGUAUCCUCCUUGGGAAGCACCAUAUCUGGCCAGCUAUGAAUGAUCGGGAUCGAUGAUAGACAUCUCGAAGUUUGACACGCUUACACUGACACCAAAAUGGCGAUUGGGAUUGGGUGUUCUUCAUUAUAAAAAAAAAACACUUAAACAUACUUCUAGUCAAGAUACAAUUUUCUUAUCAAAAGAAGGUUUAGUUGCACUUUGUUAUGCUUGAUUUUUAUUAUUAUAUAGAGCAUAUUGUUUAUGGGGUUAAUACUCAAACUUUACAUAAACAUACUACAUUGGCUUGUGGUUUAUGAAAUACCCAUCUUGGACUAAACUAUACACCAUCUAGACUAAUUUCGCCAAAUCUGAGUGUUGACCGUCAAGUUGGAUGGUCAACAUACCAUAUCGAAGCUUCAGUUCCACCCAUAUCUUCAAUUUAUCGGCAUGGAAGCUAUGUCGGCCAGUACGGCGGAGGCGGUUUGCUUACGUUGGCAAUUGGGUGGGGCAUCUCCUGGGAAUUGCCACUACCCAAAACACACCACAAAAUCCCCUCAAAAUUUCAACCAACAAAAUCGAGCAUGAACCAAAAUUGAGCAUUCAACAAAGCUCGCAAUUGGGCGACUGCUCGAGUUUCCAAAAAUGUUGAGAAGAGACUGACAAGUGAGAUGGGUUGCGUUAUCAAGGCUGUAUAGUGUGCCUCAAGAAUGAGAGCUUAUGAGAAGGCGCUUAAUUUAAUAGACGUCGGAUGAUUUUUGUGCAAUUGACGGUAUUCUGGAUGGUUGGUUUUGAGGAGGUGGUGGCAGGAGGGUGCGGUGGUGGUGGGAUGGGUCGAUGUAAUGAGAGCAGGGGAGGAGGGAGAGGGUUAAAGGGUGGGUCCCGACAUACACCCUGCAUUGGGAGGGAAAAUGAUAAAUUAUGUAUUAUAGUUAAUCGGGUAUGAAAAAUAACACGCAUUUAAUUGAGGAUCGUUGACCUUUCAAAUAUUUAAUAUAUGACUUAUAAGUUGUGUAUUGCCAUAUUCAAUAUUUUUAUAACGAGUAAUGGACAAAUGACAAUGAUGCAUAUGAUCCGCCCAAAAAUGAAAAUAUAAUUAUUCAAUGCAACAAAUUUCCACCAAAUCAUAGCUAAUUUGUAAAAAAUAAUUAUUUCAAUCAAGGGUAGAGAGAGUGUUGAAAACCAAUUUGGGGCUUGAUUUUAGGGAUUUUGAUUUUGAAAAUAUCAACACAGAGAAGAGGAAACGAGGAGAUGAGGAAGAAGACGAUGUCUUUCUUCAAGCAACUAGUGGGCUUAAAACAAAGGGAAGCCCAAAACAAAUAAAGCAAAAAGCUUGCUCCUGUCAACAACUAUAAUCCCACAAAUUAAAUAUACCAAACUAAACUACCACUCUGUUUGGGAGGAGGGGUAAAUGGGAGGAGGGUGAAAAUGUGAGGGGUAAACAUAGUUUCCAACACAUUUGUACUUAUUUGGUUAAUUUGGAACAGUAGUGGGGUGCAAAACGGGAGUGCAAAUUUACUGUUUCGGCUUACCCCCGAAUUGGGGUGCAAGGGAAGGAAGGAAGAGAGGGGGAGGGGGGAAUUAUGGAAUGUUGUUUUUCUAAUUGUGUUAUAUAUAAUUAUAUAAUAAUUAAUAUUAUCAAUUUCUUUUUUUUAUAAAUAUCAUUAAUGUAAACAUUAUUCGGGGUUGACAAUUUGACUCUGGAAACAAGUUUAUCAAUGUUCGUCAAGUCAAAUCUAGAUCUCUUGGUUGAAUCGAAUUUGCAUUGAAAAUUAGAGAUACGAGGUGUUUGUGGAAAAGAUAGAGAGAAAUUGUUUGGUUAACUCAGUUUAUUUGACUAAAUAGUUAAAACUUACAAAUUCGAACGUGUUUGACUAAGUUUGACAAUUUAAGAUUAAACUAGACGCGAAAACCCUAUAUAGGAUGACCAGUUACGAGUUGAGCUUCGAGUUUUGAGAUCGCUCGAUCAAUGAUUAUUACAAUUGUUAUAAUUAAUUAUUAUUUGAGCAUUAUCAUAUAAUAACUAUUUUUAGUAAAGUAUAUUUAUUAUAUAGUAAUAUUUAUUUUAUUAUUUUAUGAUAAUAUUUUAUAAUUUUAAAAUUUAUUUUAAAAUAAUAUAAUUACUUACUUUUCACUCUAUUUGCACCCCCUACUUUUUCAUCCAAACAUUUACCCCUCCACUUACAACCCCAGCAAUUUGCACCCCCCAGCAAUUUAGCCCUCAACUUGUACCCUCCUGCAAUUUGCACCCCCUUGUUGCCAAACAGAGUGUACGUAAAGGUGGUUAGAAAAAAGAGACCAAGCUAAGUGCUCAAACCCACCAAAUCGAUUCCAAUGAAUCGAUUUAGAAGUAGAGGCUAAAACUGCAGCUCCUUCGUUCCAACCCCAGAAAACAGAGUAUCAAAGGAGAAAACAGAGCAUAGUACAGACACGCAAAUAGCAGCAAGAAAUAAGAUCGGCACAGAGGAUUUUAACUAGGUUUCCCAAGUUAUGAGUCAGUCCUCGUCUCGGAGAUAACACCUGCUAUUUUCCGAGGAACUCUUUUAUUUAUUUAUUUUUGACCUAUCAAGGAGAAAAGAAAAACUUUAGAUAACAAUAACGAUAGAAAGAAACCCGGAUCACAAUCCGAGCCGUUACAGUCUUGACAAUAUAGAACCUCUACCUCUAUAUUUGUCAACCUCUUUGCAAACCCAAAGACAAGCCCUCUACCACUUUCUUUUGGUUACAAAGUUCUACACUUGCAUAAGGCACAACCCCACACACACAUAUAUAUAUAUAUAUAUAUAUGAGAAUAACUUUCUAGUCGUUGCUCAGCUUCUUCAUUAGGAAGGGAAUUUGCACACAAAUUCUGCUGAGCUAAAUACCUUCCUUUUCUUUCUCUUUCCGCUUUUAGCAAUAUUGAUUGUGCAAUCGCUGAUUUCAUCCAACAAUCUCCCCCUAAAUCCGAGAUUGCAAAUUGAUAGCUAUCCACACACAGACCAACUGCAUUUUCCAUUAUUCUACUGAAAAGAAUCUAUACUAAUAAAUGAAGCUAGACCGAAAUCAUCAGCAAGAAAACAAAAUCCCAUUAGAAUUAACCAGCAAUUCAAGUCUCCCCCUGAGAUUAAGCAUUAUCCAUCCAACCUAGUUGUACAACAUUAACAAUAGGAAAGGAAGGAGAAAAAGGUAAUUAAAUGAUAAAGAUGCAACAAGAACUUAGUAUAGAUGCAGGGGGGAAAUGCAGCUUGGGAUAAUCACUCUCAAUUUUCAAUCACAUAUAUCUGGAACAUAGAGAGUUAAAACAUAAUCAUGAGCAUUUGGAAAAAUCAAGUAAAACAUAGCUUAUAGUCGUAACAAAAGAUAUCGAGCAGUUCAAUGCAAUAUGCUUCAAGAAUUAAGAUCGAAGGCAACAAAUAUGCACGAGACUUCCUACCUAAAGAACACAAUUAGCAAAAUUUGAGAUACCACAACCAAUGAUUCUAAACAAAACCUGACUAGUUAUGAUAUAGGAAGGAAAAAGUUGACGCUUUACUCUUCAAGUGGUGGAAGCUCCCACUAAGAGCAAUCAAAGGCCUUCUUCAGCUCCCAACUCUGUAACAUUAAAUAUCAGUUUUCUUUUGGACCCAAACUUGUUUGAGUAUGGGUUUCAAUGCCGUGAAUGUAGAGAACGAGCUUGAUGAUAAUUUUUACUAACAUGACAAGGCUGUAAACAUAGAAAACAAUUUAAUAAACCAGCCUUAUUGUAACUGUUACGAUGAAAACAGUUAAGUCCAAGAUUUGUCAUCUUCUUAUCAUAGUGCAACCUAUUAUUCUUGUGGAUAACGUUUGGGGUAUAAUGAUUUAUACUAACCACUUUAGUAGAAUGGGGCUGAUAACGGUUAACAAGUUGUUGUCUAGCUUUGGUGGGUUCUUUAAGAGUAGAAACGAUGGUCAUUUUCCCAUCAGAGGAAGAAGUCAAAUUUAAUUUAUUAUCUAAUGAUUUAUAUAAAUGAUUCUUAUCCUCUCUUAGGGCCACAUUCUCAUAUUGCAGUUCAACAAUCUUAAUGUUCUUUAAUUCUAUAGUUCUAGUAAGUUUGACUACAUCAGUAGUCUUUUUACGAAGCUCUUCCUGAAGACAACAUUACUUAAUUUUCAAACUACGACAUUCAUCCUCUAAGUUUUUCAAGGCUGAUAAGAAAUUGAUAGAAUUUUCCUUAGACGAUUCAAAGUCUGCCUUUACCUCAAUACGAUCUACUUUGAAAGGCAUAUCCUCGUCAGCAUCGAAUGCAUUUGUUUCAUUGUCAAUAGUGCACGCCAUGUAUGCUUGUUCAUGAAUGCUAUCAUUAUCCGAUCUAGAUUCACGGUCACUCUAGGUAGCCACCAUUUCGCAUUCUUUUGCCUGUGAUCUCUUAGGGCAGUUUGCACGUAUAUGUCCACUUUUCCCGCAUUUAUAACAAGCUUGAUGUUCCCUCUCCAGAGUACCUGAUUCAAUAUAUAUGGUCUGCUUGUAUGGUAGCCUAUCUUGGGAACAAUUUUUGUGAGUACCAUUAACACUAUUUCUGCAAGGCUCAUGAGUCAUACGCUUCUUAUCAUUUUUACACUUCAUCAUUCGAUGAAAUAUAUUACUGACCAAAGCAAACUCUUUUUCAAACUGUGAAGUAGCUUCACUUUCAGAUUCACAAUCACAAACAUGAGAUGUAAAAGCUAAAUUUCUCCUACGCUUUUCAUAAUCCCUCCCAACUUGUUGUAUAACAUGUUCAUGACUCAUCAAAGAACCCAUUAAUUCAUCAACCGACAAAAUGUUAAGGUCCUUCGCUUCCUCAAUGGCUGUCCUUUUUGGAAGCCAUUCUUUCGGCAGGGAUCGCAAAAUUUUUCUAUUUAAUUCCUUAGAUGAAAAGGUUUUCCCUAAUCCUUUCAGCUGAUUGAUUAAACGAGUAAAUAUGGAAUACAUGUGAUGGAUACUCUCACCUGAGUCCAUGACAAAUUUCUCAUAGUCGUGUAGGAGAAGGUCGAUCCUUGUUUCUUUGAUGUUGGAAGUUCCCUCGUAGGUGUUCUCCAGAACUUUUCAGAUUUCCUUUGUUGAUUCACUAUGUUCAACCCGCUCAACUUUAUCGGCACGCAUAGCGCACUGCAAGAUGUGCAUUGCCCUGCAAUUGAGUUGUGCGCUUUUCCUCUGUUCGGCCGUCAUGUAUUGUGCGCCUCGGGAUUCAUUUCAAGUGGCCCAUCACGGACAAUGGACCACAGACCUUCAUCGAUUCCCCAGAGAAAGUUCUGCAUCCGUCUUUUCCAUGCCGUGUAGUUGGAACCUGUAAACCACGGAAUAGAACCAAACGAAAACGAAGAUGAUGAAGCCAUGGAUCGUUUCCCUUGGCAGUAGUGAGCUUUUUCAAGGUGAUUCUCUAAUACCAAUUGAAAACAGAUUUGGGACUUGCUUUUAGGGAUUUUGAUUUUGAAAAUACCAACACAAAGAAGAGGAAACGAGGAGACGAGGAAGAAGACGAUGUCUUUCUUCAAGCAACUAGUGGGCUUAAAACAAAGGGAAGCCCAAAACAAAUAAAGCAAAAAGCUUGCUCCUGUCAACAACUAUAAUCCCACAAAUAAAGGCCCACAAAUUAAAUAUACCAAACUAAACUACUUAAAGGUGGUUAGAAAAAGAGACCAAGCUAAGUGCUCAAACCCACCAAACAAUUCCAAUGAAUCGAUUUAGAAGUAGAGGCUAAAAGUGCAGCUCCUUCGUUCCAACCCCAGAAAACAGAGUAUCAAAGGAGAAAACAGAGCAUAGUACAGAAAUGCAAAUAACAGCAAGAAAUAAGAUCGGCACAGAGGAUUUUAACGAGGUUCCCCAAGUUAUGGGCCAGUCCUCGUCUCGGAGAUAGCACCUCCUAUUUUCCGAGAGACUCUUUUUUUAUUAUUUAUUUUGACCUAUCAAGCAGAAAAGAAAAACUUGAGAUAACAAGAACGAUAGAAAGAAAUCCGGAUCACAAUCCGAUCCGUUACAGCCUUGACAAUAUAGAACCUCUACCUCUAUAUUUGUCAACCCCUUUGCAAACCCAAAGACAAGCCCUCUACUACUUUCUUUUGGUUACAAAGUUCUACACUUGCAUAAGGCACAACAACAUCCAUAUAUAUAUAUAUAUAUGAAUAAUUUUCUAGUCGUUGCUCAGCUUCUUCGUUAGGAAGGAAAUUUGCACACAAAUUCUGCGAGCUAAAUACCUUCCUUUUCUUUCUCUUUCCGCUUUUAGCAAUACUGACUGUGCAAUCGCUGAUUUCGUCCAACAAGUGUAACGAGUGACUACUAAGGACCAAAAUGAGUAAAUUAGUAUAAUAGUGAAUUGAAAUGAAAUUUAUGCAAAUCUAGUUGAGAAUGGUUGACCGAGAGAUCAUGUGUUCGAAUCUUGGCAACCCCAUUUGUUAAGCACAUGAUAUUUGGAUUUUCAAAAACUUUAAGCAAGUAUAAGUGAUUUUUCGUUAGUGAGAAAGUGUUAGUAAAUAAUUAAUAGUAUAAGAUCUAUUAUUAAAUCAUUCCCAACAACUCGAGUUAUUGAUACUAAAUGGUCUUGACAAAGAACACCAUUCAAAAGCAAAUGCGUAACUAAAUCAUGAAUAAUUGUUUUACACAUAUAGAGUGAUAUUCUGAUAGUUUUGACAUAUAAUUUACCCAGUUUUUGUAAAUACAAAAUUAUAUCAUGACUUAUUUAGAAAGCUAACAAAACUAUUUUAUCGUACAUAUUUUUUUCUAAAUGGACCCACACUCAACAAAAUCCUGACUACGCCCCUGAAUGGGAGUACGAUGAGGACGAAGUUUGAGAUUUGGUCGUCGAUUGUGAAAUUGGGAGAGGUGGAAGUUUGGGAGUGGUGGCGGUAUCAUAGUUUUUAAAUUUUAUUUUAAUUCAUAAAAAAAAUAGAUAUUAGGU